AUGGAUCGCUUGAAGCAUUUGAAGCAGCUGAUUGUCCUCUCAGCGAUUAUUGUCUCUACGACCGCAUCGCCAUCUGGGGUGCAUGAAGCCAGGCAAGCCACAUCCAGCCUUCCAAGCGGAUGGUCCGCCAUAGGAUGCUUCAGUGACUCCACCGAUGCACGCACGCUGCGCACCGCUGCGUUCACAGAUGUAACUGGUAUGACCAUUGAGUCGUGUCUUGCAUUUUGCGUACCGGCUGGGUACAAGUACGCCGGUGUCGAGUUCUCCAGGGAAUGCUACUGCGACAACAACAUCGAAUCUCCCGGUGCGCCAAUCGACGCCUCGGCAUGCUCCAUGCCGUGUACAGGCAACUCUGGCGAAAUAUGCGGAGGCUCCAACGCAAUAAACAUUUUCCAAAGCACACCGGCGCCACCGCUUCCGUCUGGAUGGGAGGCCGUGGGCUGUUUCAGUGAUUCCACGGACUCGAGGACUUUACGUGUAGCCUCGUUCACGGAUGUAACUGGUAUGACCAUCGAAUCGUGCCUUGAAUUUUGCACCCCAGCCGGAUACAAAUACGCCGGGCUCGAGUUUGCUAGGGAGUGCUACUGCGAUAACGUUAUCGAGUCCCCCGGAGCGCCAAUUGCCGCAUCAUCCUGCUCGACACUUUGUACAGGUAGCGGUGUCGAGAUAUGCGGUGGAUCCAAUGCACUAAGUGUAUUCCAGACUACCGAGGUUACCCCUCCUCCGCCUCCCCCAGCAAGCAUCAAGCAAACAGCUGGAACCUUCAACUAUGUUGGCUGCUUCACUGAUGCUGUUAAUGGAGUGCCACGGUCUCUGGCUACAAAGGUCAUGGGUGGAGACGCAACCGCUGAGACAUGCACCGCGGCGUGCAAAACUGCCGGAUUCGCACUCGCCGGAUUGGAAUUCGGUGGAGAAUGCUGGUGCGACCACUACAUGGCAAGGGCAAACCACGUUCCAGACUCUGACUGUAACUCUGUAUGCGAUGCCGACCACACCGAGCUCUGCGGUGCUGGAAACCGCCUCGCGGUAUACCAAGACACGACAGCUACACAACUCAGCUUCCAAAAUUGCAUCCCAAGCUCGUUGAUUACCCCCAACAGUCAAACGCCCUACGAUUUCACGUUUAUCAUGAGCCCCGGUCCAGCAGGAGGUAGCCCAGUACCGUUGGCCCUCAUUCCCAACGGCGAUCCAUUCCCCAUCCACGCAGGUGCGACUACGGAGCAGUUCUGGCAGCUCAGUGGAAGGACGUUUGUACCUACCACACUUACACCGAAGCAGCCCGUAGAGUUUGCCCUCAACGGAGGCUUCAUUGACCCAGAUCAAGUUACUCAACAGUUCAACCAGCCCAUUCAGCCCGAACCCGGUAGCCCCAUGCAAUUUGAAGCAACGGGAAUAGCUGUGGACGAUUUCUCCGGCUACUGUGCUAUGCCAAACCCGUCGAUCACAUUUGGGUCGCUAUUUGGACCACCAGUUCUCGGUGUCACAGCGGACGGAGGGAUUACAGGACAAUCUAACAUCUGGUCAUCGUGCCAAAGUUCCCCGGGACCUUUGGACCCCAUCUUCCAAGCUUCUGCACCGAGGAAUGUUAACUGCACCAGCGUAUUUUUAGAGAUGCCUCCCAUUUAG